UUGGCUUCUCUACCUUGGGAGAAUUCCAGGACAAAAAAUGAGAUGCUGCAUUGUCACUUCUGCCAGACUGAUUACUAUUUUCUGUAAUCAAAAAACAGGUAAUAAAAUGUAGUGCAAAAUAGUAAGUUAGAAGCUGCACAUGAAGAUCUCCCUUGCAAUGGAGUCCAAAUAUUUGUUUUAUUUUUUUAUGUUAAUAUUUUACCAUAUUUCAGUUGCUAAAUAUAUUAGUGUUCUCAUUGAAGCAGUUGUUAUGGUCAUAUGGAACAUGUCUGUUUGCCUUCCAUAGGGCUUGAGGUUAUUCAGAGCCACUGUUUGUAUAUGUUAGUUAGACAUAUAUUCUUAAAUAACUGUAUAUAGGAGGAAAGACAACAUUUUGUAAGUUGAAAUUAAAUCAGUUAAGUAAUGAAGUAUAUUGCUUUCACUUUGAGAUUCUGUUACUAUUUUCUCUCAUAACCUCUCUGAUAGUGUGCAUUUACAUGUACAUCUCAAGUAUUAUCAGCUGUAGCUAAAAGUAUGGAGUGUUCUUAUAAUGGUGCCUUUUUUAUUUUUGUGGAAAUAUAUUUCAAUAUAUUUGGUGUUUUCUCAUUGAUUUCUGCAGACAAGGUUAGUUUCACAUCUGCAAUAAAUAGAAGCGUGCAAAAAUAAAUCAUGAACUGUCAUCCAGUAGGAAGAAGAGAAAUAUGAUGUCCAUUCUUGAAUUUACUAGGGGUCAAAAUAUGUCAUUUUUAAUAGCCUGUCAUUGUGACUGCAUGCAGUUCAAACUGUGAAAGUAAAUUUACAAUUCUUGAGAUGUAGGAUACUAUCUAAUUUCCUUUCCAUGUGACCUGCAACCAUUUCUGAUUGUUUUUACCUCCUCCAGAUUUUGAUGUUUCCAUCAGGUAAUUUUAUAACACCACUUACAUUUUCUGUAUCUUUCUGUAAGUGCACCACAUAUAUCUGUUCCUACUCUUCCCCUGUUCAUUGUUCUCCCCUAUUUGUUGUUUAUCUCUUACCUUGUUUUUCUACUCAGUCCUUCAUGUUCCCAAUGGUUAUAUGUGAACUUUGUUUUUGAUGGUGUCAGGAAUUUUGUUAUUUUUCAUAUGUAACAUAUAUAAUCUUGAAGAUGACCAUCUUUUGCUGUGUUGUACCAUGUAGUUUGGUAGAAGUUUACCUACAUUUCAGGAGUGUUUGCUGCCUCAGUCUUCAGGGCAUUUGCUGUAUAAUUGCCAUGACAAUGGGCAGUGGAAUGUACACAUGAAUAUAUCAGCCUAACCUGAAUUAACACAGUGGAGGACUUUGGAACAUGGGCACAGGCAGGCACAUCAACCUAACCUAAUGGAUGGCAGGACAGAUGCAUGCCUAUGUACAAAAGGAUGAUCAAAUGUAAAAAAUCCAAUUGAAGUUAGGUUGUAAAUAAGGAUGGAGGAUUCUGAUAGUGAUAUUGAUACUAGUGAUAAAGACACAGAUGAAAUAAACAAGUCCAUUUCUGAGUUCGCAGAAUUCUAUGCAACCAAUAGUGAAGAAUCAGAUGUGAAUGCAGAAGGAGAAAGAAAAACAGAUCAGGAGAUGUCAUAUGGUACUAUCUCUGAAGAGGAACUUUCAGAAGCUGAGUCACCAGUUACCGAUGAAGAACUUGAAAGAGAAGCAAAAGAACUGGAAAAAGAAGUGAGGAGCUUGAGGGAUGAAGAAGUGCUUUUAAAGCAGAUGUUGGCUGGUGCCAUCACAAAACAGCCGCUCAAGAAUAAAUUGAAUUUUUAUAAAUUCUCAGGUCUUUAUGUCCAGAAGUGCACGGACAGUAAGUUGUACGUGGAUUUGACGCCUACAAUCUAUGGAAAACGUUCUGGAUAUCGCAGUUACUACGUACACUUUCAUAUUUUAUCUGAUGAUCGUUUCAAAAUGAAGAAGGCUCAUUUGCCAAUUGGUAUCAGGGAGAAGCUAUGCAAGGAGGAAGUUUCUGUCGAAGAACUCAGAACAUUUAUGGGUUACCUCCAAUAUGUUUGUGAAUGUACUGAGAUAAAGAUAAAGCAGUUCUUCGAAGCUGAGAGAGAAUUAGUCAAUGCAGAUGAAGAUGGCAACAUAAACGUCAAUCACACCAUCUUCAUCAUGGACAACUUGCAUGUAGAAGUGGGAUUUCGACCUAAAGGUCAGAAGCAUUCACACAUGUGGUUGACUGUUAUUCUUCUGUAUAACGACAAGCAGAUUUACUACGAACCACAAGGAAUACGGAUUGAAUCAGGAGGGUUUAAUGAGGAAAUACAGCGAAGGAUACGGGACUUGUUUGUUGAUGGAUGUAACCAGGAACUUAAGUUCACAGUGUGGAAGGCAAAGAAAUUCAUUUCAAAUGUGCUUCAGUACGUAAAUGAACAGGAAAGUUCUUCCGAAUAUGUUGACAGUCCUUAAUAACUAAGUAACCUCACUUCCAGUAAUGCAUCAUUGUUAUUUAAUCCUACGAACAAGUAUAAUUGCAUAAUUGUUUUCAUAAAAUUGAUAAUUGAUAAUUGAGGUGUUCACAGGAACAGAGGGUAACUGGCCAAAAUAAAGUUCUGAGUAAACAAGCCUCAAAUUCAGCACAUAUGGUCAGUGCAUAUAGAAGUUGAUUCUUCUUGGGCUAUUGGCCGCGUCAGGUCGCUGAAUGGCGAAAACACCAACGUUUUGAGACCCAUCUUCAUCCUCAGGGUACUGAAAUACUCUGUACCCUGAGGAUGAGGAUGAAGAUGGUUCUUGAAAUGUUGUUCGGCCACCUGACACGGCUGGUAGUCCAAGAAGAAUUCACUUUACUUAGUCGCUGUGAAAAAUUUCAAAUCAUACAUAUUAAAUAGAUUCUUCUUUACUUGAUGCAUGACCCUAAUUGUAAUAUUUUAUUUUUUGAAAUAAUUGAAGGGAGUAUUCAAAAUGUGUCAGGAAUUCAAGAAAAUUCAGUGGAAAGCAUUGAAUAUUGUAUAAUUAAUUUUAAAUCCACAAACCAAUAUAUUAAAACUAGCAAAGCAUCCGACAGUGUACGUGGGAGAUACUGUACUUGGGAGUGAUUAUUUGCGUCUGUCAACAUAUUGAGCAAAUGAAACAAAAACUUAACAGACAACCUCUAACUUGACGUUGUCCAGGCCUAACCACCCAAAAAGUAAUUUUUCCCGUCUUGUAAUUUCUUCAAGCUUCAAUAACUUUUAUUUUAUAUAUGUGCCUGUGUGGGUACGUUUGACAUUUUUUUUUCCAGUUCUCAUGUAAUUGCUUCCAACAUAAAAUGAUUUAAAACGAUUAUUUUUGUUAAAUACAUGGGCAACUUCUGGCAUUCCAGUGUGUCUGAGUAUGGUCAGGAGAUGUAUGGAUUUCAUUGACAUAUUUCUGUAAUAUUGCUUCUGAAAGGUGUACUGUUAUGGUCUGCCUGUCGUUUCUGAAUGACAGUGAUUUAUACGCACAUUCUGCCCUUUUAAUGCUAGAUUACUGCAGUUAUAAAAAUGCUACAGAUUUCAAGAUUCACUUAUAGAUAGACAACUAUUUGCUGUUGUGGAAAUUCACUCCGAAGUUCAUUCAGAAUUUUAGUAGUAGUAUAACCUCAAAUCUCAUAUAGGAUACUUACUUUAUUACGAUAUUUAACCAACAUAAAGAAGUAGGAGGAGACGAUUUAGUUAGCAUGGAAAAUUCAAUGCCCAUAGCUAAUACAAUUAUUGUUCGUGAUUAAAUUCAAUGUGCCUUCCUAUUAAUUUAAGCGUAUACUAACACCAUCAUACCCACUUCCUCAUUCGUAGAAAGCUCAAGAGAUGGCAGCAUGUAAUCUUUUUGCCGUUGGCGUCCUCUGUAGGAGUCUAUCAAAAGUUGUUGGUAACGUAAAAUGAUUAGUUUAGUUGUGUUUUGACGUGGGGUUAAGUAUGUUCCGGUGUGAAAUUAAUGUGUUUUGAAUUUCAUAUUACUGUGCUUAAGAAGUCUUGAAUUCUGUGUUCGAGGCGUACGUUUUGGAAACCUGCGGGCAAUCUUUCGUUGUUAACCUUCUACAUGAAGAGCCAAGACUUGAUGGAUGAUGGUGUUGGAAGCUCCUCACAAUGCAUCAUGAGGAAGUCUAUGAGAAUAUUUGAAUAGGCGAGAGAAGAAUUAAGAAGUUGAAGAUGAAAAUCGUUAUGACGUCACCCCUCUUCAUCAAAUGACUCGUCGCUACAGAAGGCGGCCCCCGAGAAAACUUAAAUAUCUCUGCAACAACUACAGUCUCGAAAUCCCAACUUGGGUUCUUGGUUACCGGGUAACUGUCAGAAGAGUGGCUUCCUAAGUGAUUUGCUUCUCGUAGAAAGACGUUCCAAGGGAAGAUGUAGGUGGCUUAUGCAUAGACCUGGGAGCAGAUGGAAAGGAUUCUCAGAGCCGCAGACAACUGAAACUUUCUCACACCACGAAACACUACCCCAAUAUAACGCGGGUUAAGUUGCCUGCAUUUUUGAAGAUCCCUUGCUGCAAGGGACUGAGUAAGAUCAUCGCCAGCGUUUUAAAUACCAGUGUGCAGACGUCAGUCCGUCAGUAACAGCGCGUCGUGAUACUUACGAGGACGAGCCGUGUGUUCCUCGAUUAUCCGCUGACAAAAAUAAACCCCAUUGAAGCGGGUGCUGGUAGGUGUAGCCCAUGUCCAGGGCCGACGUGGGGCGACCAGCCGUGUUCUGCACCAGCUGCAGUCCUGGGAUGGAGGGGCCCUGUAAUGCAAGACCUAUCACGUUCACUCCAUUCACGUUUCCUGAAACACGGAAAGGUCAAGAUCAUACGAGCAAGCCACUGCAAGCGAACCUUGUGUCUUGCUUUCGUUUAAUGAAGUUUUCUCUAACAUGUUCGUUAUGUUACGCAAUCUGCAGAACGACGAUUGUGUAGGAUGUGGAAGGAAAUGGUCAUGGUCUCUUUUAAGUGCAUUACAGUGACAUUUCUUUCAGUGAAAACAAAAAAACCUAAAAACAGGACAACAUUUCUGGUUCACAUUAUAACACUCGGGUGUUUGAAUCCCAUACUGCACCAAAGUGGUGUUACUCAUGUCCAAGAAAUUUCAAUGUUUAUUUGUUACUUAAAUUACACAUGAAAAUGGAAUUAAAUAAGUGACGAACUA